GGGAGGGGAGGUGUUGAAGAAGGUGCCGGGGUGCUUCUGCGGCCUACCUUCCCUGGCCAUGGUGGCGGUAAAGCCGCAGCCCUGACGAGGCUCACGGGCAGGAGGACCCUUCCCUCCGUCAGUUUUACCUCAGGGGGGCUCUCUCCCCGCAUUUUCACCUGUCGGCCAAGAACACCUGUCCCCCCUCACCGCGGCCCUCCCGAGAGCUCUGUGCCUGUCUGCAAAGGCCAUGGAGAAGAGUUUGGAAAGCAGUUUCAGCAUCAGCUUUUUGAAUCCACUGGUACUCUUCUUUAGAAAAUCUGCCAAGUGUCUGGGCCAUCUUCCUCUAAUCUACGUAUUUAUCUGCCUCAGUGCCCUCUCUUUCUGCACAGAAGGAAGCUGGAGCAGAAGAGUUUGCCAGUCUGCAAAGCCUUUGGAAGAAGGCAAUUUGAGGUCAUCAGAUAGUGUCCAUCUCCAGCUGCUAGAAGGAUUGCACUCUAUCCACUCUUGUCAAGCUGCUUGUUGUCAAACCCCAGCCUGUGAUGCAUUUUGGCUCAUGGGGACUAUCUGCAUCCAGGUGAACUGUACUAAGUCUCAUAAGUGUCAAGAGAUCAGAACUGACAUGAUGGACCUCAUCAUGGUCUUUGUAACAAAAUCUGAUCUUGAUGUAGAUUCCCAACCUGCCAAAGAAAGGCAAGCCCAUCUUCCCAAAUGGUUGAACUGGAAGGAGAGACAUCAGAGUAAAUCAAGGAUACAGAGGUCCUUCAAAGAGCUGCCUGCUCACGCAUUGCAUUUAGGAAACGUCAGGGGAAAUUCUCUAAAGCGAGAUGUGGACUCCAGUGCUGGAAGCUCUAUAAACCAUCCAGCUCCAUCAGAAGCCUUGGAUAGAAUACCUACUCACAAGGAUCUUACAGAACCGCAGUCUUCAAGACCAGAAGCAAACCUUUCAGGAAACCAUACUAAAGUGGAAAAAAUCCUCCUGCCAAAUUAUAAGGAUUCAGAAGAACUGAAGCCCCAAAGCCCAUCUUUUUCCAACAGUGAUCACAUGAACAGAGAGCAUGACCCUGGUGGGAGUGGCUCCUUGGGGGCCCCUACAGGAGUUGCUACAUCAUAUCCCACUUCAUCAACCAUCUUCCCCAGUCCUGUUGGGAACUCAGAGAAAACCAGACUAUCCAACAAUGUUUCCAUCCAGACCUUCUCUUUAGAAAAAGCCAUUCCAACUUCUAACAGUCUUCUGGGAAAAGAUUUGGGGAAGGUGCCACAAGUUAUCCCUGUUCCAACUGGCAUUCCCAUCAAUGGUAGUCUUACUGCAGUUCUGACAGCUCCUGCUAUGGUACCUAGUACUCCUGCCCCUACACCAGUUAUUAAGAAAUUGGCAGUUUCUGCUGGAGACAGUGUCCAGGUGACCCUGCCAAAAAAUGAAGUGGAACUGAAUGCAUAUGUCCUACCUCCACCACCUAAAGGAAGUAGCUAUUCCUAUGAUUGGAGAUUGAUUACGCACCCAAAGGAUUAUAGUGGAGAGAUGGAAGGACAGCAUUCUCAGAUUCUCAAGUUGUCCAAGCUCACAGUUGGCCUAUAUGAAUUCAAUGUGAUAGUAGAUGGUGAUAACGCACACGGAGAAGGAAUGGUGAAUGUGACGGUUAAACCAGAGCCUCGAGUAAAUCAGCCACCUGUGGCCAUUGUGUCACCCCCAUUCCUGGAGAUCUCUCUUCCAACCACCUCAACAGUCAUUGAUGGCAGCCAAAGUACUGAUGAUGACAAAAUAGUCAGCUAUCACUGGGAAGAACUAAAGGGGCCUCUUCGAGAAGAGAAGGUAUCUGCUGAUACAGAUAUUCUGGAACUGACCAACCUGGUACCAGGAAAUUACACAUUCCGCCUCACUGUGGUGGAUUCUGAUGGGGCUAGCAACUCCACCACCGCUAGCCUGACAGUAAACAAGGCAGUGGAUUACCCCCCUGUGGCAAAUGCGGGCCCUAACCAAGUGAUCACUCUGCCUCAAAAUGCCAUCACCCUUUACGGAAAUCAGAGCACGGAUGACCACGGCAUCGUCAGCUACGAAUGGUCCCUCAGCCCCAACAGCAAAGUGAAGGUAGCAGAAAUGCAGGGGGUAAGGACUUCAACUCUGCAGCUCUCAGCCAUGCGUGAAGGUGACUACACCUAUCAACUGACAGUGACAGAUUCUGCUGGACAUCAGUCCACUGCUGAGGUCACCGUGAUUGUACAACCUGAAAACAAUAAGCCUCCCAGGGCAGACGCCGGUCCAGACAAAGAACUCAUCCUACCUGUGGACAGCACCACUCUGGAUGGCAGCAAGAGCUCAGAUGACCAAAAGAUUGUCUCCUUCCUUUGGGAGAAAACACAGGGCCCAGAUGGUGUGAAACUGGAAAAUGCCAACAGCAGCAUAGCCACAGUCUCUGGGCUUAAAGUAGGAGUGUACAAAUUCACACUAACAGUCAAAGAUGAACGGAAUUUACAAGGACAAAGUUCAGUUACUGUCAUUGUGAAAGAAGAGAUAAAUCAGCCUCCUGUUGCAAAAAUUGUGGGCAACAGUGUCACCAUCACUCUCCCUACAAACACGGCAGAGCUUGAUGGGUCCCAAUCUACGGAUGACAAAGGAAUUGUCACCUUCCUGUGGACUCGGGAUGAGAGCAGCCCUGCAGCAGGGGAGGUGCUAAAUAAUUCGGAUCAUCAUCCCAUUCUGUUUCUCUCCAACCUGGUGGAGGGAACGUACACCUUCCAUCUGAAAGUGACUGAUGCCAAAGGGGAGAGUGAUGUGGACCGAGCCACUGUGGAAGUAAAAGCUGAUCCUAGGAACAACAACCUGGUGGAAAUGAUUCUAGAUGUGAACGUCAGCCACCUGACGGAGCGGCAGAAGGGCAUGUUCAUCCGUCAGAUCGGGGUUCUGCUUGGGGUCCUGGAUUCAGACAUCACAGUUCAGAAGAUCCAGGCUUACACUGAGAAGAGCACAAAGUUGGUGUUCUAUGUGCGGAAUCAGCCUCCUCACCAGAUCUUCAAAGGACGUGAUGUUGCAUGGACCCUCAAGAGUGAAUUGCGGAAGCAGCAAUCAGAUUUCCUUAUCUUCCGUGCACUGGAGAUCAAUACAGUCACCUGCCAGCUCAACUGUUCAGAUCACGGCCUCUGCGACUCUUUCACCAAGCGUUGCAUUUGUGAUCCUUUUUGGAUGGAGAACUUCAUCAAAGUGCAGAUUGGUGAUGGUGAAAGCAAUUGUGAAUGGAGUGUGCUCUACGUUGUGAUUGCGUCCUUUGUGAUUCUGGUUUCCCUUGGGAUCUUCUCCUGGGUGGUGGUCUGCUGCUGCAAGAAGAAAAAAGGAAAACCCAAAAGGAAGAGUAAGUAUAAGAUCUUGGAUGCCACGGAUCAAGAGAGCCUGGAGCUGAAGCCAAAUUCCAAAGCAGGCAGCAAGCAGAAAUCCCAGGCACAGAACACCAGUCUGAUGCAUUCGGAGUCUGAACUGGACAGUGACGAAGCCAUCUUCACUUGGCCUGACCGGGAGAAGGGAAAGCUCCUCCACGGCCAGAAUGGCUUUCUGCGAAAUGGGCAGGUGAUACUGAAGCCAAAAAACCAGCGAGAAGAGAUUCUAUAGCGACAGGCCUGCGUCACAAAGAGUUGGCAAACGAUAUGAAAGACCACUCUCUUCCUCCUCGGUUGCACGAGGAAUCCUGGGAGUACCACUGUUUGGAGAGUCCUUCUCUCUUUACCGAUCAUCUCUAAGAAAAUGUUGAGUCAAACUGCCAGUACUUGAAUUUGGACUCAAAAGGGAAAUUUAAUUUUGGCAAAAGAAGCUGUGAAACAAAAGACUAUGAAGGGUAGGUGCGGUUCUGAAAACAAUGCAGAACUUCCCAGCCACUCCUGUGAAAAGGCAUCUAUUUGCGUAGGGCUGCAGUACAGAUCCGAGGCUACUCAUGCAAGCAUCUGUUUGCUACAGAGUUGGCAACCUUCUUCACACACUCUUCUGUAUUGUUUGUGAGAACACACUCCGUAGUUGGUCUUGAAAGCUGAGAUGCCUCAAACUGUCCCCCCCCACCCCCCAAUUCACUCCUAGGAAAACUUUCCUGAUUCACCAUCAUUUAUAUGAGCGUCAUUUUCCAGAAAUGGAAGAAGCCAAGCAUUGUCUCCAUGGCAAGUGAAGAAACUGCAUUUUGACUAGGAUGGUAAAUUCCCCUUUUCAGUUUUUGCCAGUGGUGAGAAUUGAGAUGGAGCCUCCAGAUCGCUGGUUGCUCGGGCUCUUUUCCUCCACACUCUGCAUCAACCCUGAAAGUUUUUCUCACUGGUAGUCAGUCACACUGUAGAACAACAGGCUCCUUUGCCUGUGAAAAACACUGAUGUGUCGUCUUGCAAAAAAAAGGAAAGAAAAAAGAAAACCCACCUUUGCACAAGUGGAAAAGGAGGAGGAAGAGGGUCAAAAGACAAAUGUAGACAAAUGGAUUCUGAUACCGCCCAGUAGAUCAGUGCCUCUUUCUCUCCUAUUGCACCACCUCUUUCUUUGUUGUUAAUCCCAUGCACAUUGUGUGCUUCCCAUUGAAAAUGUUGCUUAUCCCAUAUCAGACCUAUUAAACCCCCUCCCCCUUUUUUUUAACCUAGAGCAAAUGCAGGCAUCUCCACUGAACAGCCUAUUGGGUGGAAAUCACAAGUUACCAACCAAUGUAAAGCAGCUCCCUUUUCUUCUUCUAAGAUGAUGGAAAAUGCUUCCUAGUUUCAUUAGGGGGUAUGCGAUUUACUCUCGCUCAUUUUUCUUUUUCCCUCCUGUUAUUACAUGCUUUAUUCAUUUCCAUGCUCCCUGUUUCACACUUGGCAAACAUCCUUUUUCCCUCUAAAGAAAAAAAAUGAACUCUAGUUGACUAUCCCUUCCUCCUCUCCCACCCUCCCAUUCCUUCUUAGUGCUAUCACUGAUUAAUUGCAAGGGGCAAACCCUUCUAAGUGCUUACACUGUGAUGACAGGGGCCCUAAUUUUAAAAUUGUGGAAGUUCAGAUUUAUUAUUAUUAUUUUUUUGUUAGGUUUAGGAUGGCCAGAUAUCUCCCUAAACAAUUAUGUGGUCCCCUGGAGGUUAGUAGACCACAGGUGAAUGGUUUACGACAUUCUGUUCUUUUAAUAAAGUCUUUGGAAGUAAGGGAGAAAAAGUUGAUGAUGUUAUGUAGGGCCCCCAAAUGUUAUAAAUGGAAAUGUGGCCCUGAGGGCACCGAGGUUGGCCAGGCUUGUCUCUGGUGAAGAAUCAUUUUUCAACUUCUCCUGUUUCCUGUUUACAUUGCUGCACUACUGAUUUUUUUGGAAGAUGAAGAAUAAAUAUGCUGCUCAGCCUGUGGGGGCACUUAACCCCGUUGAACUGGAA